GGCUGGGGCCCCUCGCGAUGAUGUCAGUUAUAUUGUAUAUAUUGAACUUUACUGCUCUAAAAAGCCUUCAAUGGUUGGUACAAUCACGGAACAAGAUCGAGUGCAUUAAAUAAAUUGCCUGACUCCGACCUGAAGGAAAGUUGCGAUAUCUACGCUGUGUAUAGAAUUCCGGCCAUAGUUGAUAUACACACAAUACGGCAAGCGCCACGACGAUCACGAGGAAUAUAAAGUUAUUAACUGGUUCAACAUGGCGUCUUCACAUCCAGACUUGACGACUUUCAAAGCUCUCAGCUUCGAUUGCUACGGCACACUGAUCGACUGGGAAUCCGGGAUCCUGAAAACCCUACAACCGGUCGUAUCCCUAUUACCUCCAUCGCACCCUCUAAACACCGACCCCCCAACAGCAGCCAUGCUCCGCCUAGACGAGAUCGUAAGCGCGCAUCAAGCGCGCACGCCCACGCUGCCCUACAACGAGAUGCUCGUAAUGUCUCUCUCCGACCUCGCGCGCGAGGCCGGGACCUCAGUGCCCGAUUCCGUGAGCGAGCCCUUCGGCAACGCAGUGGGGACGUGGGCCGCGUUCCCAGAUACCGUGGCAGGCCUGCAGAAGCUCGCGAAGCACUACAAGCUGAUCAUCCUGUCGAACGUGGACAACGCCAACGUCAAGGCCACCGUGGAGAAGCAGCUAGCCCCGGCGAAACUAGAUGCCGUGUACACGGCGCAGGACAUCGGGAAUUACAAGCCCUCGCACGCGAAUUUCGAGUACCUGUUUAAGCAUGCUAGGGACGAUCUUGGGGUCGAUUGGACCCGAGGCGAUUUGCUGCAUGUCGCGAGGAGUUUGCCUGUUGACCAUGUCCCGGCCAAAGAGCUUGGGUUGCGGAGCGUGUGGAUCUCGCGCGGGGGUGAGAAAAAGGAUAGCGAGGGCGUGGGAGGUUCGUUGGAGGGGUUGAAGGGUAAGUUGGGCUUUGAGUGGAGGUUUGAUACUAUCGGUGAGUUUGCGGAUGAGGUCGAGAGGCAAUUUGCUGCGAAGAAAUCGUAGCCUCGUCUCCCAAGAAAAUGAUAACAACUUCUUCGUUCGGAGUUUGGAGACUUCUGCUUGUCUUAUUGAUAUGAGACUGUGAG